AACCAUAACAAAAAGCCGACUGGAAACUGAUUCGCGAAUGUUUUUGUCUAAUAAAAAACGUUUUAAGUAACACAGAAUGCAAGUGGAGAAUCUCUACACUUCAGUGGCCUGCAAUCGCUGCACAGAAUGUGCCGAUUGGGGCUCAAAUGGGCUAAUUGCCUUUGGGGCCUGCAAUGCCGUGGCCAUAGCGGAUCCCAAGUUUAAUGGGAAUUCGGCCAAGAUUCUGCACACUCUGGUGGAGCACACAAAGCGGGUGAACACUGUAAAGUGGCUAGACAAUGAUCAACUUUUGUCCGGGGCCGACGAUGCCAACGCCGUGCUCUGGCGAUUGGACAACUCUGGGGCCAUAAAGCGUACUGUGCUCAAGGGACACACGAGUGGAGUGAACGCCGUAGAUGGCGUGCGCCUGCCGGAUGGCUCUUGGCUUCUAGCCACUGCCGCUGCGGACAACACACUGAAGCUGUGGAUCCACAAGGAAAACGAUGUGGAAUGCUUUCAGACAAUUCAAUUGGCUGGUGGCUUCUGCUUCUCCCUGCGCCUCACGCUGCUGCCCAACGAUCAUGUGUUGCUGGCCUUCAGCGGUGACGAUGAAACCGUCUCACUGUGGACAGAGCAUAUCCCUGCUGGCGGCAGUCAGGGUCAGGAACUGGGACGGGCACAAUUUGAAUGCGUUCACAAGCUGAUUGGCCACGAGGAUUGGGUGCGUGGACUGGACUUUGUCUACGAUGGAGAGGAUCUGCUGCUGGCCAGCGGCUCGCAAGAUAACUUCAUCCGACUCUGGCGGAUUGCCCCACGCAGCGAGGCGCAAAUGCUGGAGAACCGGGUGGAUCCGUUUCAGCUGACGGAGAGCGAUGGCGAGCUCAAAGUGGAGGAGAAGAUUCUGCAGUUGGGCGCGAACUCCUGGUAUGCCGUGAGUCUAGAAUCGGUUCUGUACGGGCACGAAGGCUGGGUCUACGGCGUUCACUGGCACAUCACAGAAGAGCAGGAGAUACGUCUGCUGUCUGCCUCGCUGGAUAAGACGCUCAUUGUGUGGGCCCCAACGGAGCAGGGAGUGUGGCUGGAGCAGGUUCGCGUGGGCGAGGUGGGAGGCAACUCGAUGGGUUUCUUUGGUGGCAAAUUCUCAACCGAUGGACGCUCCAUCAUGGCCCACAGCUAUCAGGGAGGUUUCCACAUAUGGAACCAGAACCCAGAUCAGCCCCAUCUGUGGACCUCCAAUGUGGUCGUUGGCGGGCAUUAUGGCGAAGUGCGCGAUCUGGCCUGGGAGCAUGAUGGAGCUUAUUUGAUGACUGUCUCAUCGGAUCAGACGACACGUCUUCAUGCCCCUUGGCUGCAGGAAAGCGGCAACUGCACGUGGCACGAGCUGGCCCGACCCCAGGUCCACGGCUACGAUAUGCAGGCCCUGGCUCUGCUCUCACGCUAUAAGUUUGCCAGCGGCGCAGAGGAGAAGAUUGUGCGCACAUUCCAGGCACCUGCGAACUUCAUCGAGAACUUUCGUCACAUCAGUGGCGUGAAGGCGGAUGAGCAAGGAGACGCUCUUUUGGAUUCUUUGCCCAAAGGUGCCUCCGUGCCGUCACUGGGACUCUCCAACAAGGCUGUCUAUAAGGUAGAACCAGACAGUGGCGAGGCGGCCAAGGCUAAGAACGAGUAUCCAGACAACUACUUUGUGCCCAUCACAUUGGAAACGCCGCCGCAGGAGGAGACUCUCAUGCAGAACACGCUGUGGCCCGAGCUGCAGAAGCUCUACGGGCAUGGCUAUGAGAUCUUUGCGCUGGCCGCCUCUGCAGAUGGCUCCCUCCUGGCAUCCACCUGUCGAGCGAGCACCGCGGAGCAUGCUCAGAUUAUUCUGUGGAAUCCUUCAAACUGGAAGCAGCUGCAGAAGCUUGGUGGACACCAGUUGACGGUUACGCAGCUCAGCUUCUCCCCCGAUGCACAAUAUUUGGUGUCCGUGUCGCGUGAUCGCCGCUGGUCGCUGUUCGAGAGGCAGGAGUCGGCCGUUGGCUACCAUCUGGUGGCCACCACAGACAAAACGAACGGAGUUCACACGCGCAUCAUUUGGGCUUGUGAUUGGUCGCAUGAUGGGCGGUACUUUGUGACCAGCUCUCGGGACGGAAAGGUGGUGGCAUGGCAGAAGGGAGCUCAAGCACAGACUGAGGCACAAUCCUCAUUGAAUGGCUGGCAGGCGGCGGGCAUUCUGGAGCUCAAGAACGAGUCCAUUACAGCGGUGGCCUUUGCCAGAGACUUCCUGAGUGGCACCACCGACACUUAUGUUCUUGCUUGCGGCACGGAAACCGGCCGGAUAAAGAUUUAUCAGUUCGCUGCGGGCGAGUGGAAGCUGCUCUGCGACAUAAACAAAGAUCGUGCCCAUCACUUGACCGUUCGCCGGCUGCAAUUCCGCCCUGGGCAACAGCAGCUGCAGCUGGCCAGCUGUGGCGACGAUCACUUGGUGCGCAUCUACAACAUAAAGGUGACGUGAAUUUAGCUACUACAUGCGAGUGUGUGUGUAAGCAUUAAACUCUCCUCUUGCUAUUACA